ACGGGCAGCACAGCCGGCGAGUCUCAACACCUGGGAUCAUCGUCGUCAUCAUCCACCAUCUCCGGCAGCUCGGCGAUUCCGCUCUAGACGGAUCCCGCACGGUAGGCGUUUCUUCCGGAGCCCCUACCACCCGCGACUCCACCGCCGCGCCGAGAACGUAACCCUCUCAAGACAGGUGGUAGCUCCUAGACUCGGCGCUUUAACGAGAGUGCAACUGCAGUUGGCGGCCGACUUGUGUACGGGGAACGCGGAGAGAGAACGCUCGUUCCAACUCGCGGCGCACUUUCGGGGAGACCCAGAAAGAAGGAGAGAUGAGAAUCAUCGUUCUAGUCGCAUUCGUCAUGGCCAUCCUGGCGAACGUCUCGGCGCAGAAUUUCAGGCAUUUCUUCACGGGAUUUAAUCCUUACGUCCAGUCCGCCGCGGUAAUGAGGGAUCCGAGAUCAAAUAGAGGUCCUGUGUUAUUCCCACCUGGGCCACCGCCCAACUCGGCUGACACCAGCGGCGUCAUCGUGGGCGCGAGCGGAUACGGAUUCGUGCCACCCAGCGCAGGUUACAUCACUUACUUCUAUUAUUAAACGCCGAUGGUCGAAAGAUAGCGAAAAGAUGACAACACGACGAAAAUAGAGGCCAAGGUUUCGGACGUCACUGCUCGUAAACUCCAACCGGAAAUUGUGGUGGACGUAUUACGAAUCAGCAUUACGUAGUGAUGCGUGGUCAUUAUCGAAGCAGGGACAAGCCAUUACGUUUGAAGUAAUUUCUGCAAAUAGGUCUUACUCACGAAACUGAGGUAAUACGUCCACCUUUUUCAUUCUUUUUUGUUCCGCGAAGCUUUGCCGGAUGAUGUAAAGUUCGCGGAGCAAGGAAGAACAGAAAACGAUUAUUAACGCGUAGGAAUUAAAAAUCGAGAGAGUCAGGAUCGAUUUGCGAGGGUGUUCUCUAAAAAAUUGGUUCCUAUAGUGUAGUAAGUAGUGUACAAAAUUAACAGAGAACGGCGAAAAUUCCACACGUACGGCGCGACAAACGAGAAACUCGUGUUUCCUUAUCUCCCGGGUAAAGGACUGCAAAUAGUACAUUUGAAAAGUAACCCGAUAUCAACCGGCUUAAUAGUGGCAAGUGAGUGCCGGCCGUAUUGAAAAUGGCAAUUACGUUGCUUAAUCUACCUAACGCCGCGAUAAUCUCGUGCAACUGCAAUAAGAACCGUCCGUUAGCCGCGUAAUGGAGUCCGCGGGAGUACAAGUCGUAUUUUAUGGCACAUCGCUACGGGUACUCGCGCCUUCGCGUGGCGGUAACGCCGAGGUGUGUAUAAUUAGUAGCCGGCGGGAAGCGUCGCUGCGACACAGCGUGCGAUCCCAGAAGCCAACAAAGCGACCGGAGACACGAAUAGCGAUCCGCUCGGUGCUCCGCAGUCGAAAUAUCCGCUUAUGAAACGAGACCGGCAAACGGGCGGGUCCGCGUUCCGUUAGAUCCAUAAAAUAAUUAAACACGGGGCGGGGCGCGUUUUGUUGGCCGGUAAAUUAUUUAUUGCUUACCGCGACGGCGAUUUAAUUAGAUGUAGAUAGCCGUUUUCGGGCACGUUUCCGUCCGGUACGAUCGAAAACCGUGUUCCAGGGGAGUCGGCCGCGCCGCGUAUAUAUCUCGGCGCGACAUAAUAAAUGAUACGUAAAGCUGCGUGUAAAUACACGGUAAGUUACGAAUAAGAAAAUAGACAGAUCGCGUGGAUCAAUACAAGGAGCGGGGGAUGGAGGGCGACCAUUCGAGGUGCCGCAACGCUUUCGUUUCCGUUCAAUUUGGUCAUGGUACUUUAAACGCGGGAUAUGCUCUACGCGUCGAUGCACUUAUCGCCCGGCUUCUUGGCUAAUCGAUUCUUCGCAAGCGCUCCUUUUAAUCACGCAACAGCGAAAAAUAUGUAAAUUCGCAGCUUCAUUGAUCCGUGGCCGGCUGAACAGACAGAGAGAAAGAGAGAGACAUCCGCAUUCUGGAUAUAGUUAGCUCGCAAUUACAUAAUUUUCGUAGACACGUAAAUAUGAUCUACCUUAAAAGGUGAGUCUCCUUAAGAAACAUGUAAAUAUUACACAGUUUAUAAGAUCAAAAUAAAGCUGGUGUGUAAAUCGCGUUAAUUGUAUCAUGACUUUCGUGUUACAUUCUUAUCUAAGAAAAUUUUAUUUAUUACUUAACUCUCGAGAACAACUGAGGCGUUUAACGAAGGAAAGUGCGAGUUAAUAACAGAUAUAGUUCCGAGCAAAUGAAUCGUGUAAUGUAUGAACUUUACGAUAAUAAAGACGAAAUUGCUGGU